AUGAAUGAACUCUAUCAUCCAAAUGGUUUAUGCGUUGAUAAUGAUCAAACUAUCUACAUUGCUGAUUGCGGGAAUCAUCGCAUUAUUGAACAGAAACAUGGUGCGACGACUGGUCGAGUUGUAGCCGGUGGAAAUGGAAAAGUAAAUCGUUCUGAUCAGUUGCGCUGGCCGACAGAUGUGAUUAUUGAUAAAGAAAAAGAUAGUCUCAUCAUUUGUGAUUAUGGUAAUAAAAGAGUAGUUCGAUGGCCUCGUCAAAAUGGUACAAGAGGAGAAACGAUCAUCUCAAAUGUUGGAUGUUGGGGACUGACAAUGAACCAUGAUGGAUUCCUUUACAUUGUUGAUGAAAAUAAACAUGAGGUUCGACGUUAUCGAAUCGGAGAAAGUCAAGGAAUAGUGGUUGCAGGCGGAAAUGGACCAGGAAAACGUCUCGAUCAGCUGCAUUAUCCGUCAUACGUAUUCGUUGAUCAAGAUCAUUCAGUGUACAUAUCGGACAUGGAAAAUCAUCGUGUGAUGAAAUGGAUGAAAGGUGCGAAACAAGGUAUUGUUGUGGCUGGUGGUCAAGGUCGAGGAAAUAGUCCUACACAAUUAUCAAAUCCUUAUGGAAUAAUCGUGGAUCAGUCAGGUACUGUCUAUGUAGCUGAUAGUGAGAAUAGUCGAAUAAUGCGUUGGUCUCAAGGAGCCAUGCAAGGAAGUCUAAUCGUUGGUGAAAAUGGUCAAGGAAGUCAAUCGAAUCAACUCAAUUGCCAAAGAGGAUUGUCUUUUGAUCGAGAGGGCAAUCUCUACGUAGCCGAUUAUGAAAACCAUCGAGUACAAAAGUUCAAUCUUGAUCGAAGUUGA